GCUGCCCAAGAUGGAGGAGGUGCGGUUGGUUCUUCGUUGAAGGAAAAUAUUUCGGGAGGCUCAGGGCAGGGAGUACCGUCGGAGGCGGGGGGAAAGAAGCGGUGCCUCGCCGGGACGGUGGAGGGUGCAGUGCUGAAGUUUGGGAAGAUGUCUAAUACUACAGAUAUCUGCCCUCACCUGGAUUCAGUAGGAGAAAUCACUAAAGAGGAGCUGUUACAGAAAUCAAAGGGUACAUGUCAGUCAUGUGGUGUUGGUGGACCAAAUCUGUGGGCUUGCCUUCAGAGUGGCUGCUCCUACAUAGGAUGUGGGGAGUCAUAUGUUGACCACAGCACAUCACAUUCACAGGCUAAGAAGCAUAACUUGACCGUGAACCUGACUACAUUCCGAGUAUGGUGUUAUGCUUGUGAGAAGGAAGUUUUCCUGGAACAGCGAUCCAUUGCACCAAGCCCAGCAUUGUCAAGCAGAUCAACAGAGCAGGGCUCUGGCUUAUCGCCUGGCAGCUAUCCAUUCAAAACAGUUCCCAUUGCUGUUGCAGAUGAGGGAGAAUCAGAAUCUGAGGAGGAUGAACUGAAACCAAGAGGGCUCACUGGCAUGAAGAACAUCGGAAACUCUUGCUACAUGAAUGCUGCUCUACAGGCUUUGUCCAACUGUCCACCACUCACCCAGUUCUUCUUGGAGUGUGUAGGUUUGGUUCGUACAGACAAAAAACCUGCUCUUUGUAAAAGCUACCAGAAACUUAUCUCCGAGCUUUGGCACAAAAAACGUCCUAGCUAUGUCGUUCCUACAAGCCUUGCCCAUGGCAUUAAGUUGAUUAAUCCAAUGUUUCGAGGCUACGCACAGCAGGACACACAGGAAUUCCUCCGCUGUUUGAUGGAUCAACUCCAUGAAGAACUUAAAGAGCCAUUGACUGAGCGAGACUCUGAUUGCUCCAGUGACUCGGAUGAAAAGCGUGAUGGUGAUAGAAGCCCUUCGGAGGACGAAUUUCUGUCUUGCGAUUCCGGCGCAAGCAGUGACAAAGGAGAAGGAGAGAACAGAAACAGAUGUGCUGCUGAGAAGCAGAUCGAGACUGAGCUCUUAAUUCAGGACGAAUGCGGGAAAGGAAUUUCAGAAAAGGAGAGGCAGAAGGACAGAAAAUUUUCAUAUGGGCACCACAGGUUGGGCACAGUGGAUGCAAUCGAUGAAGAUGCAGACGUGGACACAUCUCUGAGUUCUGGAGAUGCUGGAGGUUCUGGAGAUGCUCCUACUUCUAUGGCUUCCAGCAGUACUUUCAGAACACCAGAACCUGACAAUGACGUAAACAUGCGUUGCACGUCACGACCUUGCAGUCCCAUCCACCAGGAACUUCAUUCUAAUUUGUCCAGUAGCCCACCUCGAUCGAGUCCAAUGCGAGCGAUGUCAUCAUUUUCCCUCAAAAAAGCUCAACUUCUGUUAUCUGCCAAAAAGAAGAAACAAGCCAAGUACCGCAGUGUAAUUUCUGAUAUCUUUGAUGGGUCAAUUUUGAGCUUAGUCCAGUGUCUCACAUGUGAUCGAAUUUCUUCCACAGUGGAAACAUUUCAGGAUUUGUCAUUGCCAAUCCCUGGGAAGGAAGAUUUAGCUAAACUGCAUGCAUCCAUCCACCAAAAUGUACCUGUGAAAACGGGCACCUGCAGUGAUGCCUACAGUACACAAGGUUGGGUCGCGUUCAUUAUGGAUUAUAUUAGAAGGUUUGUCGUAUCCUGCAUCCCAAGCUGGUUCUGGGGUCCUGUAGUGACUUUAGAAGAUUGCUUAGCUGCCUUUUUUGCUGCUGAUGAGCUGAAAGGUGACAAUAUGUACAGUUGUGAGCGAUGUAAGAAGUUAAGGAAUGGAGUCAAGUAUUGCAAAGUCCUUAAGCUUCCAGAGAUCCUUUGUAUUCACUUGAAACGCUUUCGCCAUGAAGUGAUGUACUCCUUUAAAGUAAAUAGCCACGUGUCUUUCCCAUUGGAAGGUCUUGACCUUCGACCAUUUCUUUCCAAGGAGAGCUCAUCUCAAAUCACAACCUAUGAUCUUUUGUCUGUUAUUUGUCAUCAUGGAACUGCAGGCAGUGGUCACUACAUAGCCUAUUGCCAGAAUGUAAUUAAUGGUCAGUGGUACGAGUUUGAUGAUCAGUAUGUCACAGAGGUCCAUGAAACAGUAGUACAGAAUGCUGAGGCUUAUGUACUUUUUUACAGGAAGAGCAGUGAAGAGGCAGUGCGGGAAAGACAAAAGGUUGUAGCUUUGGCCAGUGCAAAGGAACCCAGCCUCCUCCAAUUCUACAUCUCAAGAGAGUGGCUAAACAAGUUCAACACCUUCACAGAGCCAGGGCCAAUCACCAACCACACCUUCCUCUGUUUACAUGGAGGCAUUCCACCAAAUAAGUACCACUACAUUGAUGAUCUAGUGGUGAUUCUGCCUCAAAAUGUAUGGGAGUAUUUGUACAACAGGUUUGGAGGUGGCCCUGCUGUGAACCAUUUAUACAUCUGUUCCAUUUGCCAAGUAGAAAUUGAGGCAAUUGCUAAAAGGAGGAAAAUGGAAGUUGACACUUUUAUAAAGCUAAACAAAGCAUUCCAGGCUGAGGAAUCUCCCAGUGUUAUUUAUUGCAUAAGUAUGCAGUGGUUCCGAGAGUGGGAAGGUUUCGUUAAAGGCAAGGAUAAUGAGCCUCCAGGUCCAAUAGACAACAGCAAAAUUGCAAUUAUUAAGGGUGGCCAUGUCCAACUUAAACAAGGUGCAGAUUACGGUCAGAUAUCAGAGGAAACAUGGAACUAUCUGUUCACAAUUUAUGGUGGUGGACCAGAAAUUGCCAUGCGACAGAAUGUUGUUCAGGCUGACUUGGAUAGUCCACAGGGAGAACGGAAAAUAGAAGCCGAAACCCGAGCCAUGUGACCCUAGAUCUGCCAAAACAAUUGAUUGAAAGGCUGUGAUCCUGAGAUCAAGGACAUGAGCACUGCAAUGUUUGCACCUGUGAUGAAUCUAUGUGAGCACUUUGUAAUUUAACUGUAGAAAUUUUUUUUAAGCUAUUUUAUUUCUUUCUGACUAAAAGUAUGGUGACAAAAAGAAGUGUGUUGCAUAAUGCCAUGCAUAUCAGAGAGCGCUGUGGAUACACUAAUGCUGUACUUGGAUAAGUCUGACUGUAUUUCCUUUAAGUAGAGUCUACAUUUGUUUGUCCUAUGUGUAUGCAUAAAACACACCAAGCAGGUCUGUUAUUUGUAUAUCUUAACUCCACUAGUGAUUUGGGCCUACAAUAUCGCAAUGAUGUACAUGCAUCAUGAUCUUAAGCCUGAGUGUUAAAUGAAGUUCACAGGAUGGUUUUUUUUGGAGAGAGAAUUUCUCCCAGUGGUUCUGGUAGCAGUUUGGCUAUGUCAGCUGGGUACACUGGUCAAUGCUGUUGUUUUCUGACGUAAUCUAUGCAGCAGGUUAUUGAUCUUGGCACAUGUAAAUAUUUUUGUUUUGCUAUUCUUGAGCUCAUUAUGCUGUCCCAUCCUGUGCAUCAUUUCCCAAUUUGUGGGGUCAGGCAGGUUUUGAGUAUCACUUUAUCAUUGGAAUUGAACUUGUUCUUAAUUUUUAAUUUUUUUCUAACAUGUAAGAGUUAACGCAGAUGACCAGGGAAAGAGCACUAGUUCCCAAAGGGGGUGCUUGUCAUUAUAAUUUGCUCUGUCAUUGGCAUUCCAAUACGCAUUUUUAAUUAUGUGCCAAAGAUUGAAGUUCUGCAUUGGAGGAAAAAUCCUCCGUUUGCAUCUUCAAAAUCUUGCCUAAUGGAGGAGUUGCAGCAGCCUCUGAUUAAUCCCCAGGCGCAUACGUUUUGGUGUACUCAUUCAGCUUAAGGAUGUCAUGUGAUCGAGAGAAAGGGACCACACCAAGUUACAAGAAUAGAAAACUAUAGUCAACCACCACAUUCCAUUAAAAAAAAGUUAAGAUUUCUGUCUCUGAGUAUAAAUAUAAAGAAACAGCAGGAUAUAUCUGAUCAUGAUUGAACAUGCAAAUGCUACCUUCCUAUGCUGUCCCAAAUCGCUUAACUUUAUCAGUAUCUAAAAAAAUCUAUUGAAGUCUGCCUUAGCCAUGUUCAACAACUAAGCAUCUACAGCUCACUGCGGUAGAGAAUUCCAAAGAUGGCAGUGUAGAACCGAGAUGAGAAAUUUAUUCACUCAGGAUUGUAAAUCACUGAAAAUUUCUGCUACAUGAGGGGAUAGAGCAAGAAGAUAGAGUUGAAUAAGAAGAAGGUCAGUCUGAUGUUAUUGAUUAGCGAAGCAGCUCAAAGGUCUGUAUCACCUUUUCGUCUGACAAACUAACUUAAUUAAACAUGUCUUAGGUUUUUUAGUCGCUUCUUAGUUCGUUUACUUAGCUGAUACAUGCAUUAAGUUCCUAUCUUGCUGUGUUACUUGCUUUAGGUGAUUCACUUUAAACAACUUUCAAUUUUCAAAUUGGUUUGCUAAAUUCUAGCAGUUAUGAGCAUUACAGCAAUAAUUCUGAAUUUGACAGCAUUUAAACAAUUGUCUCCAAUGUGGACUGAAACCUCAUGUGGCACCAGUUCCUCCAAUAACUCAUCAAAUGUGUGAAAUGUUUAAUUAUGGGCAAAAUAUUCAUUUUUCCUUGGAUGAGCCCUUGGUGAAAAUAGAGUAUUAUCACUCUCUUCUUUCUCCUUAGCUGGAAGUCCUGACAUUGGUUUAUAUCUUUUUGAGUUUGAUCUUUUGUUUUACGUGGCUUAAUCUGGUCAGCGGUCGAUCAGUCAAAGUAUUUCAGUUGAAUUGAGGUGCGCUAUUCUGUUCAUAGUCCUGUGUUAAAAAUUGUUGCACCUUACUUAUGGUAAAUGAUGCUUAGUGCCCACACCCCAGGACAAAAAUUGUACAUUACAUUCUACAUUAUCAACUACUACUGGUUCUACCUUUGCCACGCUGUGUCAAGUUUUGGACUUGUUCUGUCUGCAGAUCCUGAUCUGUCCAGCUUCCUGCCACUUUUUCUGAUAAAACCGAGGUCCCUGAUCACAAGCAAGUGAUAUUUCUGUUUAUGCAAUAAAGUACAGUUUAGAUAUUUAACUGAACAAAAAAUCUCUAGGUCCAGUGUUUAUAUUAACAAUCUGUUAAAAUGGCUUCAGUAACUUAUUAAUUUGAAUAUUUGGGGAAUUUGUAAGUUGUACUUUGCCAGUUUGGGAUCUGAAGUUUUGGUUGACAUUAGCCUUGUUUUGUCGUAUGGAAGUUAUUGUCCACUUUGUGCAUUCUCGGAAUGGAACAAAAAACAAAUCUUUCCACUUGUAGAGACGGUCAAAGAAGAUAAUGGGAGGGGGUGCUUAGUGAAUGGAUGGUGGCUUUGCUGGGUGUGGACUGUAAAUGUUUGUACAUAGGUUUAUCAGCCUGUCUGAAUCUGCAAAGGAAGAGAAUGCUAGAGGGAUAUUGAACUUCAGAUUAAAAACAGUAAGUGGUGAGCUGCUUGGCCAACUCCAGUGACCUUUGUCUUGCCACCACUCCCGAUCCACCAAGUUGUAAGCCAAUCUUUGCAUUUCGACGUGUUGAAAUCGAUUAUUGCAGAAACCAGUUUAAUUUUCAAAUUAUUUUCCAUAGGCUACCAUCUCUUUUUUUUCUUUCCACCCUCCUUACCCCUCACCACUCCACUUCACAGAGAGAUGCAUGAUUUCGUAGAUUCCCUUGAAAUAACAUUUAAAGCUAUUUGCUUUUGGAAGUGAAUUUAUAAACUGAAUGAAAUAUUUUUCAACUGUCCUAUGUAGAUAGUUGAAAAGUCAGUUCCAUGGUUUGAAAGAUUAGAGUAGUAUCCCCUGUAUUGGGGUGUAAUGUUUGUUUUCUGUCACUCAUAUGCACAUGCACGUGUUUUGCAUGUAUGAGAUAUUACAUAUUUACUUGUGAUGAAAAUAAAGAGCACUUUUUUUUUGUUUAAUGAGUUCUGGGGUAGGGGUGUGGUGCCCAGAGGGGUUGAAGAAAUUGUAAAUCCACAACAUUUGGCCCUGUUGGUUACCAGUAGUAGAUUGUUCUGGGCAUUGCUCACAAUGCAUAUUUUUGAGAUGUAAAUUAAUUAAUAGCAGUGAAAAUUUUCCAGCAUUGAUUCACAACAGUUUUUAGGAAUUUUUAAGAUGUAGGCACCGUAAAAGAGAUAUGAAUGUGCAAGACUGGUAAUAUGUUAGAAUAGUGGAAGUUUGUAAAACGUUAGACAAUUUCACAGAGAAGAAAAUACUUAGACUUGAAAUCAAGCUAACCUAAGAGGUACAGGAGCCAAUUGACUGGUACAAAACUUCAAGUGUUGAUUUUUAUUCCCCCUGAAGUUAUAUCUGUGUGGCAGUUUGGUGUAGAGAAGGGAGGGAAAGAUGUUGAUGCACACUAGCUGUGUUAUCUUUUUAAAAUGGUCCUUUCCCCUUUUCUGAGAAUAUACAGCAAAGAGUGGUACCCAACAGAAUGGUCUCAGUAUCAACAGUGGGUUAUUUUGCUGCCUCCUGUGUUAAUAUUUCUAUGGUUCUAUGAAAGCUGCACAAUAUUCACAGCUGUAAUAUACUUGGUGUCUAUGCAGUUGAACAGGUGUGUCAUAUACUUUCAGGCUGGUGUAUUUUGCCUUCGUCUACAGCCAGAUUUAUACAUUUUGGUGCAGUAUCUAAGGAGUAAUUUCCUACUGUCAAGUUCCUUUGUGCAAAGUCUUGUUUUUAUUGCCGAUAGGUUUAAAAAUAUUUGUAAGAAAAAAACAUUGUGCAAAUUAUUUUUAUAACUGAAUACUCUCCGGAAUUUUUGUUCUUAAAAAGUACUACCAAAAGUCUUGGUUGUCCAGUUGCCCAGAUUGAAAGCAUUCAAUUCGCAAACUUAGUUGAGCUGUUUAAAGAGAUUCAGUGGUGUAAGUACAGGAAAGUUUCUUCUGGAAUCCAGAACAUGGUGACACAUCUUUUAAAAUUGCAGCUCUGGAAUGAUAUGUUUCCAUUCAGGAUAAAGGAAAUCUGGAAAUCCAGAUGCAAAUGUUAGGUCGGUGAUUUCUUUGUUCAAGACUGAGAUCAGUUGAAUUACUUUAGGUGAAGGUGAGGUGGAUGGCACAUAACUGGGCAUGUGGAGCUGAGGUACAGAUCAGCCAUAGUCUGAUUAAGUGACAGUGGUUCGAGUGACUGAACAGCAACCUCCUUUUCCCAUGGUCCAAAUGCUCAGUGUGUUGUGUACCUUAUCAGGACCAAGGAUAGGUGAUCCAUUUUCCCUAAUGGAUGGGUAUUGAUCGGUCUUAUUUUAGAUAGAUCGUGACAUACUACCCUAUUUGGUGGAUUACAUUUGUAGUGUGCUUGCAGGAAUGUUUGCAAGUAAUGGCAUUGUCACACCCUGAGAGAUGAAGAAUAUUCCGAGGUUGAAGGUUUACCUUGUCCAUGGAACAAGGCAUGUGAAGAGGCUAGAUCUUUUCCAUAUUGCAGAAAAUUGAGAAUUGUUAGUGUUGAUGCCCCAUAUCCUUAAUCUCUCCUUCGCAGGAUACUUCCUUUAACUAAUUGCUUUUAUAUAGUUCCCUUCUGAGUUUUGAAACUUAAUCAGAGUGUAUGACUAAUUUUUACCAAACCUGUUAUCUAUGCCUAAAGGCCUAUAUAAAAUGCUGCCCUGUCGCUAAGGUUUCAAUAUGAUCCAAUUUUGCUACUCUAGUUGUAAAAUGGAAUGUGAAUCUCUUGCAUUGGCUGAACUGCUGAUUCAGUGUUAUAAUGUGUUGCAUUGACACAAUUUGUAAAGAUGGGAUUAAUCUGCUGUAAUCUUUAUCUUGUGUAACAACUGCAAAUUACAAACUUAAAUUAUUCUCACAAUUGUACACUUAACAUGAUGGGGUUCAUUAUUGCUUCAUAAGUAAUGCAGAGCUGUUAAGUGCAUAAAUAAAGUGAAAUAAAUGGCAUGAAUAGCUUUAUUAAUUCCUCCUUCAUUUAAUUGUACAGCCUGAACUAUUGCCAGUAUGACCAAUUUUAGCAAAAUUAACUAUUUUUUGUAUUUAUUUCAAAGUCUGUUUAUUGAUGUUCACUUCCAAAUAUUUGCAAUAUUCACAAACAUUCAUGCAAACCACAUGGGGCCACUUUAUUUAGCCAUGAUGUGAGGUGCUGGUGUUGGACUGGGUUGAUAAAGUCAGAAAUCGCACAACACCAGGUUAUAGUCCAGGUGAAUUCACCUGAUGAAGGAGCAGCACUCUGAAAGCUUGUGAUUUCAAAUGAACUUGUUGGACUUAUAAUCUGGUGUCAUGUGACUUCUGACUUUACUUAGCUCCAUGCUAGCGAAAGGAUUGGUUUUAUUCCAUUUCCCCAUCCACUUUGUUUGAGGCAAAGUUUAAAAAGUCCCACAUGUCACUUUGCUGGAAGCUUGUCAUGUACGAUUUCCAUUUAAUGAUCACCAUUUGCAAAGCUAGAAACCAAGUUUUGUUUAGAAAAUAAACUAUUUUGUAUGACUGGAGUCUGCGUUGUACAUGUCAUGAAAUGGCUAAAGAGCUAGUUUUUGUGUGGCAAAUAGAUUUGUCAGAAGGCUGAUUUCUGACACUAUUUAGUAACCAUUAAAAAGAGUUUUCAGCGAUGAGAGAAAGAUUAGCGAUCAUUACAUUGGCAAAGACAUGAAUGUCCAAUUCACAAUGGUAUAAACUCAAAUUUCUUUAGCAUCGAGCAGCUUUAUUUUUUGAAUUGUUUAACUAUGUAGCAAUACACUGGUUGCUUCAAUUGCUGAAUCAUGAUUCUCACUUUGGAAGUUCAACUGGUGCAAUGUUUGUCUGCAUCAGUGUGUUUUGACUGUAGCAGAAAAUCCUCUUAGACUAAUUGGAUAUUGAAAUUCUCAUCCAGUUUAAACUUCACUCCUGUCUAACUCCUACAAAGGCAGCAGGAUUUUCUAAAUGAGUUCAUACAGAAGAUCCCACUGUAUUGGCCCAUAACCUUGUCUGUACAUGCCAACUUAGAGCAAUUUUGACAUGCUCCCAUGGGUUAAUAACAAAAAUAAAUAAAAACAGUGCUGGCAAAACUCAGCACAAAGAAAUGUCAUACAAGUCUCCAUGUUAACACUGUUUGUCUCUCCACAGAUGCUGCCAAACCUGCUGAGUUUCGCCAGCAUUGUUUUUCCAGUUUCCCACAAAUCUCAGUGCAAAUUCUGAAUGAGCUGCUCUCUUUCAGAGCUAGCGUGCUUCCAAUUAAACCUGUUGGACUAUAACCUGGUGUUGUGUGAUUUUUAACUUAGAAUAUUCUUGCCCUAUUUAAGAGAUUCCAUUGAGAGUGGCUCAUUCAGAAUUUGCACUGAGAUUUAUGUGAAGCUGAAAAUAUUCCUUCAUGUAAGCAGGCUAACCUACUUUUUGUUUUGACAUUUCCAAUGUUAGCGUCAGCAUCUUGAGCCACCUUGUGAUUUGAACCCAGCUAUCAAUGUUUGACUGUAAGAUUUCCAAAAGGUGUGACUGUCAAAUAUGAUAUCAACUGGUCGACCAUCAUAGUCUAGCACAUUUUCAUUUGAGACCAAUUGACCAUGCUGUUGAGGAGGCCUUCAAGACUAAGGAGAGACUUGAAAUCCUCUAAAGUUGAGGCUUCAGAAAUAAUUUUCUGAAUUUGAGGAAAAGGGAAACCCUGUGCAUUAUUCAAUGAUUAUCCUGUAAUCUGUGUAUUGUUUCUGAUAAACUCCUUCAAAUGUCCAGAUGGAGAAAACUAAAUUUCACAUGGACAUUGUUUGUUUGCUCUUCACUACCUUAUCAUUUUGAUAUAUGAAAAUGGUUCAGUUUAUUCUUACUUGCAAAAAGGAAUGGCCUGAUAAACAGAAUGUCCACAUUAAUACCUUCAUUUCUGGAUGAGAGAAAUUUUGGGUAUUUAUGGUCCUUUUUUUAAUCGCUCAGAAUCUUUUUGAUCCCAAUAUCUCAAUGUUUGGACAAGUUUGAUUUGUUGAUUUUUGAGCCCUGGUUACAAAGCUGAACCAAAUAAACAGGGGAGGUUAUUAGACACAUUCCUUAAUGCAUAACGUAUUAAAUGUGGAUGUUGAACUAUCUAAAACGAUUUGCCAAAGCAGAUUCAGUGAAUUAACUUUUCAACAGCUCAUUUGUAGAAUAAAGAGUCACCUGAAGACGCCAAAUCAGUGCUUAGCGGACACCAUCCUCUCGAGCAUCCGCUGACCUGUGGGCUGUAUGGAAUCAACCAGCACUAAUGGCUCCAUUGUAUUUGCUUCACAUGGGCAUAUGUAAAUAGAUCUUAGACAUGGUGCUAAUGUCCUGUUCCAGAGCUAAAAUGAAUACAGCUCUCCAUGCAAGUUGUUAUCCAAAUAAA